AUGUACCUCCUUCAUGGCACUGUGAGCCAGAGGGAAAUGGUGGACAUCCCGUGGCUAAGGGUUCCUGUCCUUGUUAGUCCUAUCUCAUGCCACCUCGGCUCUUCAGAGUCUCCGUGGACUUAGCUGCAGGCAGUACAGAACAGGCCGGUGUGUGUUGUCUGCUGAAGGGGGCUCAGGGCUAUGGGGAUUUCAGAGAGUUGAGAGCUCAGGGUGAUGCAGGUGCAGGCACAGGGCGGGGUCUUUGUUCUUUUGCUCAUCCCUCCUCUCUGCCUUCCUCUCCGGAAACCAGCAAGUUUGACACUGGCGGUGUUGGCAACGCUGAGCUGUGGAGGUCAGGUUUAAGGAGAACUUGGGGUUGUGAGGGCUGUGACAGCUGUCAGGCCAUAAGUAGGACUGACCCCUGACUCUCACACCAGCAGCAGUCAUGAGCAGAGAUAACAACUGUACCACUGAUGAUCGACUAGCGUGGGGGAUCCCCUCUAUAACCCACGCGUGGGGACUAUGGGCCCUCUUGGGAGUUGUGACAACGCUGCUUCUCAUCUCAAUGGCUGCACUCUUGUCCCAGUGGAUCCGUGGUCGGAGAAGGAACCAGGAAGGACAGGGACCACCCUCUGGAAGGUCCGUGGAAGAAGUUCCCCUGUAUGGGAACCUGCACUAUUUACAGACAGGUCGGCUGUCUCAAGAACCCAGGUCAGAAGAGCAGGACCCAUCCUCUGGAGGCCUUGCCAGGGUGAGUCAGCUGGCCGAAGAAAACUGGAGGGAAGGAAAUGGGGACCAUUCCCGAGGGUGCAGAGACCGGCUAACAGCUUCAAAUCUCCAGGGGGCAGAGGAGGCCAUGUGCUACACUAGCCUGCAGCUGCGACCAGCUCAAGGUCGGAUCCCCAGCUCUGGUACCCCCAUCAAGUACUGUGAGGUGGUGCUGGACUCUGAGCCAAAGCCCCAGGCCCCAGGCCCUGAGCCGGAACUUUAUGCCUCCGUGUGUGCCCAGACACGCAGAGGCCGGGCUUCCUUCCCAGAUCAAGCCUAUGCCAACAGCCAGCCCGCACCCAGCUGAGGAGGACCUGGAACUGUGGGCACCCAUGGCUCAGCUCCUGGGUCAGGGACUCCUGCUGCCCUGGCUAGGGCAUGUCUAGUUUCUAACCACCUCCAGGACAUUGAGACUUUGCUGAGUGACAGGUGAUCUACCCUGAACUUCCUAAGCUGCAUGACAACGUACAUUCAUCUCAGAGUAUGAAGGCUCCUUGUUUCCUGAGGAAGGAGUUGCAAAGGGAGAUCUCUGCACUUAUUUUGUCUACGUGCUCCUGUAAGCCCCCUUUUAGGGUUUAAUCAGGUUCCCCAUGUCCCCAGAUACCUCAUUGUCUCCUCAGACACAGGAAGUGGGCAGGGAGGAGUGGGUAAAAGCCAGAGAGGAUGUGGGUGGGUAUCAUGCAUGGGAGCCCACGGCUGGAAGGCUCUUAGGGUCCCAAGUUUGGUUCCUGACCUGAAAACCCUGGACAGAGAAUGGCCUUCGUGCUGCUGCCUCUGGCCUCCCUUGGUUUUCAAAUAAAGCAUCUCAAAAAGUGUUUGCCUU